CCUCCCGGCUGUGAAAGCGAACGCUCUUUCCUGUUUCAAGAUGUCGGUGUACGGACCAGUAGUGAAAAUUCAUCCUGUUGUUCUUGCCUCUAUCGCCGACUCUUACGAGCGGAGAAACGAGGGAGCAAGUCGUGUGAUUGGGACAUUACUAGGAACAAUUGACAAGCACACGGUUGAAGUAACCAACUGUUUCUCCGUCCCUCAUAAUGAAUCUGAAGACGAGGUUGCAGUGGACAUGGAAUUUGCCAAAAACAUGUACGAACUGCACAAGAAGGUCUCCCCCAGUGAGGUCAUCAUCGGCUGGUACGCCACAGGAUAUGACAUCACGGAACACUCCGUGCUGAUCCACGAGUACUACAGCCGGGAGGCUCAGAACCCGAUUCACCUGACGGUGGACACGGCGCUCCAGAGCGGCAAGAUGAACAUCCGCGCCUACGUCAGUGCUCAGAUGGGCGUGCCCGGGAAGACAGUGGGCGUGAUGUUCACCCCCCUGACAGUCAAGUACAUUUACUACGACACGGAGCGCAUUGGCGUGGACCUGCUGCAGCGGACGCGGGCCUCUCCCAAUCGGACUAACGGCCUGACCUCUGACCUGGAGCAGGUGGGAGCGGCCGCAGCCCGAGUGCAGGACAUGCUGGCCACCGUGCUGACCUACAUCGAGGACGUGCUGUCUGGUAAGGUGAUGGCAGACAACAGCGUGGGCCGGUUUCUGACGGACCUGGUGAACAAAGUGCCGAAGAUCUCAGCUGAGGACUUUGAGACCAUGCUCAACUCCAACAUCAACGAUCUGUUGAUGGUGACAUAUUUGGCCAACCUCACGCAGGCACAGAUCUCCCUGAAUGAGAAGCUGGUCGUGCUCUGAGCAGAAGCUCACUUAAAUGUUUCUUGUAUGGCUCUACUGAAUAAAAGCGUGAAGUGUUUCCUCC